CUCUUAGAGCUUGAAUUUGACGCAUUCGACAGCCGCAAGCGAAAUACCUUGGACAAGCUCCAGGCCACCAAGCUGCUCGCGAAGCACAUGCCGUCGCUGUCGCCGGACGAGCUCAGCGCGGUCUUUGCCCUGCAGGAGGGCCACGGCACGUUCCAGCUCUCUCGCCUCGAGUACCUUCAAAUUCAGGCGGCCAAGAAGCUGGCGUUGGAAGCCGCCGACGAAGAAGACCUCCAGCGGCACUUUACGGUCCUCGACUACCACGGCAACGGGUCGCUCGUCGCCGACGAGAUUCUCGACGCGCUCGAAAAGACGGGCGACGCCGGCGUCAGCAUUCUCAAGGCGGCGGUGGCCGCGGCGGCCAAGAGCGUCUCGGAUGGCAAGAUCACGUUUGACAUUUUCCGCAGCGCGAUCCACGACAUGAACCGGGCGACGCAAGCCUCGAUCGCGGCCGACACGCUGCGACUGUACCAGCUCCAGGCCAAGCAAGAAGCGCUGUUGCAGCAGCGGCAGCGCGCCAAGCCCGACGUCCAGACGUCGCUGCAUGUCGAGUGCAGCGUUUUGGAGGCGCACAUUGAGCGGCAAAAGAGAGGCCUCAUUACGGUGCAGAACGACAACUUUUCCAAAAUUUACGCCGCGAUCCUCGCCCAGUACGUGUGCGAAACCACCGUCUUGCGCAGUUUUGAAGCUUUUUUCAACCACUUGCACACGGAAGACAGUCUCUUGUUUCGGCGCGGUCUCGAGCGCAGCGGUCGCAUGGUCGACGUGCACCCGAGCUUCCUCCUGUACCCGGGCCCUGCCAUCGAUCGGUCGCCCGAGUACGCGGCGCUGUGCCACUUUAUGGUCCCCGACCUUCACGGCGACGGGCCGAUCUUUACCAACCGGGCAUACCGCAAGGUCUUCUUGGCCUACUGCCUCCUCGGGAGCCUCACCAACUUUCAAACAAUAUCGCGCGGCAACUUUGUACGCUUCGUCAAGGACUGCCAGCUCCCAACGAUUGCAAACUCCAAGAACCUGCGCGACCCUGACAUUGACGCGUGCUUUGUGCUCGCGACGCGCGCGUCGACGACGACCGCGUCAUUGGCCAUGUCGCCGCGCACCAAUUAUGGUCCCCGGGGUAUCCAUCUGCACUUUCAGCCGACGCCAGCGUGCUUUACACCGCUCCUGGUCGACGAAACCUUUCCGCUUGCGACGCCACCGACGCACCGAAGCGGCGGCAUGAGCUUUGCGCAGUGGGUGCACGGCACGACGCUCGUGCUCCAAAAGAGCCUCGGCUUUUCUGAGCUGCCACAGGGCGACGCCCACGAAGCGCUUUUCCGAGAUCACAUUUUGCCCCAUGCACGCCAGAUCGAGUUUCAGCCGAUGGGCCCCGAGAUCUCGCAGCCUCAAGUCAUGCGCUUUAUUCGAGCCCACGUGUGGCCUCUCAAGCAGUUGUUUGCUCACUUUGGCGGCCACUCGCUCAGCCACAUUGAAACAGGAACCCAACUCUCAUUGGCCAAUUUUUUGCAAUUCGCGCGCUGUUUCGACAUCUUGCGCUCGACGAAAGACAACCAUCCCAAGGCCGGUCCGUCCCAGUUCCGUCAGCUCUCCCUUCAAGAAGUUGUCCAAGAGUACAACGCCGCCAAGCUCGACGUGGGCUUUUCGCACACGGAGAGUCGCGAGUCUCUGGACCUCAAUUUUCACGAGUUUCUGCGCUGCAUGCAGCGGCUCGCGAUGGCCAUGGGGAGCAUGACGCAGCCGUCCGAGCUGUUCCAUGGCCAGUCGCUCGUCUCUUCGUUCCAGAACCAGCGCGCCGACCUGAACUCGACGCCGCGGGUGCAUCUCUUCCAGCACUCGCGCCAGCUCCACGUGCAGGACCGGCACUUUUCUAAAGCCAUCGAGCUGCUGCAGCUGCGGGCCACGACGCCGCGCUUAAUGCACAUCGUCCACCGCCUUCGUCACCUACCGCGGCUACCGCUGGACGAGCUCCCGCCGCCUCGGCUCAGUCCACGCAAGCCUGCGCCCGAAGCGACGAUCCAAAAAUGCAUCACGCCUCGGAGAACCCACCUCCCGCUGGUGGCUCAAUCGUCGCCGCGCUACUCUGCGAACCGGUCACUCUCGCUCGGAGGAUCUCCUCGCCCACGAAUCAUCAAGGCGCCGCCGUCACCGAUGGUUGGGCCUCUCGGUGAGCCCAACCCAGGCGAGUACGACGAGUACCGGAUCCCGCUGCUCUCGUCGCAGGGCCGCGCACGCACGCCGUACCAGCCGGCGACCGUCGUCACGGCCCACCACGCAAAAUGA